GUGACUGACUCUCCGGACAGGGCGAAAUGGCGGCGUCAGCUGGCGCGGCGUCGCGGGGGUUAGCGAAGCGGCUGUUCCGACCCCCGGCGGGAGCGUGGCCAGCAGCUUGCCAGGCUCUUGCACGUAACUUUCACUUUACUGUCUAUGGAAAGAAGAACGCAUCUGCUAAAGUUUCUGAUUCGAUUUCUACACAAUAUCCAGUAGUGGACCAUGAAUUUGAUGCUGUCGUUGUGGGUGCUGGUGGGGCAGGUUUGCGGGCUGCAUUUGGUUUGUCGGAGGCUGGAUUUAAUACAGCAUGUGUUACAAAGCUGUUCCCUACCAGAUCCCAUACUGUUGCUGCACAGGGAGGGAUCAAUGCUGCUUUGGGAAACAUGGAGGAAGAUAACUGGAGAUGGCACUUUUAUGACACCGUGAAAGGAUCUGAUUGGCUGGGAGACCAGGAUGCCAUUCAUUACAUGACUGAGGAGGCACCUGCUGCAGUUGUAGAGCUGGAAAAUUAUGGAAUGCCAUUUAGCAGAACAGAAGAAGGGAAGAUCUAUCAGCGUGCCUUUGGUGGACAGAGCCUUCAGUUUGGGAAAGGGGGACAGGCUCAUCGAUGCUGUUGUGUCGCGGACAGGACAGGACACUCACUGUUGCAUACCCUGUAUGGCAGGUCCCUAAGAUAUGAUACCAGCUAUUUUGUUGAGUAUUUUGCCUUGGACCUCCUGAUGGAAAAUGGAGAAUGUCGUGGAGUUAUUGCACUUUGCAUAGAAGAUGGCUCAAUACAUCGUUUAAGAGCAAAGAACACUGUUAUUGCCACUGGUGGGUAUGGCCGCACCUUCUUCAGUUGCACAUCUGCUCAUACCAGCACAGGUGAUGGCACAGCUAUGGUCACACGAGCUGGCCUUCCUUGCCAGGACUUAGAGUUUGUACAGUUCCACCCUACAGGAUCACCCAGAGGAGUGAAGAUGAUCAAGUGGGUCUUGCUAAGUUUGGGGGAAGAGAAGACAAGACGAGACUCACUAACCAGGACUGUGGGUCACCUUGUUACUCCCUGCCUCCAGGGAGUGGGAAUCUUUCUUGUUUUGCUGGGUGUCAGCUCCCUGACACCUCCAGACUUUCAACAACUCAAGCACUCUUCUCUGGGCUGUGCCAGCCCUGUCUUCUCCUUGCAGAUAAUAUGGUCGGGGUGCUUUAGAAAUGGGUGCUUUUAUAUAGAGGGAAUUCUGCAGAGACCAGUAUUCCAACCUGCAACUCAUGUUUCCUUUUACAUUAGGGGUUGUGGCCCUGAAAAAGACCACGUAUAUUUGCAGUUGCACCAUUUACCACCACAGCAGCUAGCAAUGCGCCUCCCUGGAAUUUCAGAAACAGCUAUGAUAUUUGCUGGUGUGGAUGUCACAAAAGAGCCUAUUCCUGUUCUUCCUACUGUGCAUUACAAUAUGGGAGGUAUUCCUACUAACUACAAAGGGCAGGUAAUUACACAUGUGAAUGGCAAAGAUCAAGUAGUACCUGGCUUGUAUGCUUGUGGUGAAGCAGCCUCUGCAUCCGUUCAUGGUGCUAAUAGACUUGGAGCAAACUCUCUUUUGGACUUGGUGGUCUUUGGUCGUGCUUGUGCCCUUAGUAUUGCAGAAUCGUGCAAGCCUGGAGAACCAGUUCCCUCAAUUAAACCAAAUGCCGGAGAAGAAUCUGUUGCAAAUCUUGACAAACUACGAUUUGCCAAUGGAAACAUUAGAACAUCAGAACUGAGGCUUAAUAUGCAAAAGACAAUGCAAAGUCAUGCCGCAGUGUUCCGAACAGGCUCAGUACUACAGGAAGGCUGUGAGAAACUCAGCCACAUUUAUCGUGAUUUGGAUGACCUGAAGACAUUUGAUAGAGGUAUUGUGUGGAAUACUGACUUAGUGGAGACCUUGGAACUGCAAAAUUUGAUGCUGUGUGCUAUGCAAACUAUUUAUGGUGCUGAGGCUCGGAAAGAAUCUCGUGGUGCUCAUGCCAGAGAAGACUACAAGGUAAGAGUAGAUGAAUAUGAUUUUUCCAAGCCAAUCCAAGGGCAACAGAAAAGACCAUUUGAAGAGCAUUGGAGAAAACACACCCUUUCUUUUGUGGAUGUCAAGACUGGGAAGGUUACUUUGAGAUACAGACCUGUAAUUGACAAAACUUUAAAUGAAGAAGACUGUGCAACAGUUCCACCUGCUAUUCGUUCCUACUAAUGAUGGUUAGCUAUGUAAAUCAGCUUAUGUAAUUAUGUAUAUGUCUGCCAUAGCUUGCUGGUAUACAUGAACAUAUUAAGUAUUCUCUUAUUCAGAAAGCUACUGUUAUGUUAAUGAUGGUUGAAGAAUGCUGUUCUCACUGAUGCUCUGUUCGGUGGCUAGCAUAUCACCAUUAAACCAAUGUGCACAAAGCCGUACACUGAUUCUCUUUCAUCCCUUUGUCAAAACAUUUGAAGUGAACAUACAGAACUAAUGCCAAAAUAAAAUAAUCUAAAACA